UCUCAAUUUUGUCAACGCAAAUAUGUGUAGAGUAUUUAGUGUCAAUUAUGUUUACUCUUGAUUUCACUUUGUGUGCCAAAACAAAUAAAUAACAGAAUUUACAAUCAGUCAAAAUAGAAAAAUAGUGACCGAAGGUCAGGGAAAUAUACACAGGAAAAUACAAUAUCAUGGAGUAUAUGGGUUUUAUACAAAUAUUUUUGUUUAUUUCCGUUGCAAUCUCAGUACAAGCUGAUGUGAAUGAAUGCAAUGCCCUUUCCUGUACAGAUUGCUUCUUACUAAACCCUAAAUGUGCAUGGUGUGCAUCGCCAGAUUUUCAAGGAGGGGAAUGGGAACGAUGCCAGAAUGUUCGAAAGUUUAGAAAAUCUUGUCCAAAGAAAGAGCUGUUUACUACAAAUGAAACUCCAAAUUUGCAGAAAAAUAAAAUUGAAGAAAAUUUAGUAAGCAUUUCAAAAGCGACCAUAAAUCUGCGUCAAAAUGCAUCCGUCUCGUUUCCCUUAACAGUUUUGGUGCCACGAAACACAAGAAGAAAGAAGGAAAAUGUAUUAGUAGGAGGUUGGAGAUCUAAUAAGAAGCCAGUAGAAUUAACAAUUGAUUCAGACUGUAAAAAUGGGAGAAGGAAAGGAAAUAAGUUUGUCUGCAGGAAACAAAAGAGGGGCGAAAAGGUGACGUUUGAACUGACAACUAGACUGAAAAACUGCAUUGAUAAACCAAGAGGACGAUACAAUAUUUUAGUGAAAAUAGGAAAGGCCAAGAAAAUAGUUAAAGUGGAUAUCAGAUAUGUUUGUCAAUGUAAAGUCAUUAACAACAGAAAUUUCGAGAAGAAGUGUUCAUAUAACACAAAACGAAAUGUUGGUGACGGAAAUUGUGUGUUACAAGCUACAGUUGUGGAGGCCCCACCCCCUCAGGAAGAGGAGAUUUUAAAUGUCAACCUCGAAUGUCCAUUUUCCGAAUCUGAGUCUGAGAGUAUGUGUCGUAGUCCUAGAACUGGUGGAGAAAAUACAGUUUGUUCUGGAAAAGGUCAAUGUGUUUGUGGAUUAUGUAGAUGUAAUGAUAUGUAUUUUGGCAAGUUUUGUGAAUGUUCUGAUCAGACGUGUCCACGACAUAAUGGCUUUUUAUGCGGCGGACGCAGUCAAGGAGAUUGCAAGUGUGGGGAAUGUGACUGUAAGGAGGGUUACACUGGUAAUAACUGUGGCUGUCCAACAACAAAUGAUACGUGCCUUGCCACGGACGGAAGCAUUUGUAAUAAAAAAGGAUUCUGUAUUUGUGGAAAGUGUCGAUGUAAUAGAGGCUACAGCGGGGCAACUUGUGAAGAUUGUCCGACGUGUGUUCCAAGUUGUCAGCGAUUCAAGCAAUGUGCCGAGUGUCUAGCUGAGGUUGGACAUAUUAUGCCAAGAUCGAUGUGUCGUACAGUCUGUAAAGGAGAACUUCCGGAAUAUUCUAUUGUACAAAAACUUUCAGGAAAAGAAGAUGCGAAAAUUUGCUAUUUUGUGGGACAAGAUGGCUGCCCACUUAAUUUUGAAGUAUUAUAUCUUUCAAAAGACUUUACAGCACCUGAAGUACGGAUAGAAAAAAGAACAGAAUGCAUGACAUCACAGAAAUGUAGAAGUGAUGACCAAUGUAUAGCAUCAAACGGAUCCAUUUGCAACAGAAAAGGCCAGUGUAAUUGCGGUUACUGCGAAUGUCAGUCUGGUUAUGGCGGUCCGACAUGUGAGGAAUGCAUGGGUUGCAAUGAUGUUUGUGAGCAAUACAGAAGUUGUGCAACGUGUGGCGCUCUAACCAAAUCUAUGCAAUGCAAAAGGGAGCGAAAGUGUUCUAAUAUCACAAAAGUUUCUACCUUGAAUGGAGACUUAGGACAAAUGUGUCAGUACAGAGAACCAGAAAGUCAAUGUAUAGUUAAUUAUGCUGUAAAAUUCAAAGAUAGUCAGGCUGAUAUCAGUGUCUUAGACCAAAUAGUUGGUUGUAAUAACGGUGACGGACCACUCAUAAGAGCAGACCUGGAGUUUGUUCCGAGUAAAUAGACCGUACCCAUUGUAGUAACUAUUUCAAGUGUAUGUUAUCAAAUAGUUCUACAAUAAAGGAAAAUCAUGAACUGUAUAAAUAUCUUCACAAUUUUCAACGUGCACUCAGAUACAAUUUUUAGAAAGCAAUGCAACUCAAACAUGAUGAUGUUUGUCAAAUACAAUGUUAUCUGUAUUUUAACAGAUGUAAAAUAAUAUUUUGUAAAUAAAGAAAAAGCUGUCUUAUAUUA